AGCGGAAGUACACUAGUCAGCUGAUUAAAGCAUAUGAUCUCUACUGGACGGGAAAACAUUUCACCCUCUGAUUCUAUAUUUUAUUUGAGCGAAAAAUAAGAAAAACUCGCAAUGCCUGGACGGGGGAAAUUAAUCGCAGUUAUCGGGGAUGAAGACACAUGUACCGGAUUCCUCCUCGGAGGGAUUGGAGAGCUCAACAAAAACCGAAAACCCAAUUUCUUGGUGGUGGAAAAGGACACUAGCAUCACAGAGAUAGAGGAGACCUUCAAGAGUUUCCUGGCUCGCAGUGACAUUGGCAUCAUCCUCAUCAACCAGUUCAUCGCAGAGAUGAUUCGUCAUGCUAUAGAUGCCCACAUGCAGUCCAUCCCCGCCGUGUUGGAGAUUCCUUCUAAAGAGCAUCCGUAUGACGCCUCCAAAGAUUCCAUCCUGCGACGGGCCAAGGGCAUGUUCUCAGCAGAGGAUUUCCGAUAAGUUGAUACACCCAUGGAGUCACAGUCCGGCCUCGGCAGAUGCAAGAGUAAACAAGGGUUACUUCUUGUUCUCAUCCAUCUUGCUGAAGCUGGAAACCAUAUUACAAGGAUUAUAUAAUGAUAUGUUGUUAAUGUGAUGCUCUGUGAUGUGUGUGAUGUGUAUUUUGCCAUUCCCGAAGUUUGAAAAGGAGGAAAUUGUUUGUCACUGCUCCUAAUCAUAAUUGUUUAAAUUCUGUACAAUAUUAUUUAUAAUAUAAGAAAGAAAGACAUUGUGUAACAGACAUUAUAUAUGGAAAGAAAUUAAGGUAAAUUAAUUUCUUAUAAAUACUGCACCUUCACUAUUUAAGCUCUGGACUGUAAUAUUGGACUGCAGAACCACCGUUCAGUAACUGAGCGCUUACAAAUCUGUCUCAAAUUACUUUGUGUUAACUGUUAACAGUUUUAGGUUACCUACAGUGGGCUACAAAUACACGUUUUGUCAUUGUGUUGGUUGACACGUUGAGCUGUACACAGUGUGAUAUCAUUAAAAUAUGUUAACUUAAA